UCACCGGAAUAUUCCGAACGGACGGACAAUAUGAGAAGACACAAGAUCAUUUCCCGAAAACUAUAUAUACCUCUUUCAUUCUACUAAUUUGCCCUAAAACCACUUCCUACAGCCGCAACAUUGUUUCUCAUCUCUACCAAACUCUCUUCACUUCUAUGCCUCAUGGCUAAGAGAAAGGGGUUUAGGGUUUCUCUUCUUUCCAAUUGACUUUCCCUUUUCAUCUAAAUUCAUGGGAUCCGAGGCUUUUGGUAGACCUACACACUCAAAUUCAAUUCAUUUCUCUAAUUCAUCAUCUCAAUUCCAAAAUGGGGCUAUGGCACCUGCCCGGCCCUAAGAAGAUCCGCCUGUUGUGUUGGGAGCCAUGAGAACUCUGCCAACUGUUGGAGAUGCUCGCUUUCACAAACAGUUGUUACUUUAAAUGUCCGGGAUAUUCCUCCAGCACUACUUGGUAAAUCUUUUGGGGGGUCCCACAUACAGUUAUUCAUUUCAUGUCUAUCGCAGUGGUUGAAUUAUCCAUUUUAGGAUGUUUAGCGUAUAAUUUGUUGCAAAUAUGAAAACUUCUGCCGAGAUUCCCUCCUGUAAUGAAUUUUUAAAGACUCCACUCUGUAAGAGUUCUAGUCAGCUUCCCCAUCUCAAGGCCGAAGACUUAUCAAAAAAUGUGCUCAGUGGUAAUGGUAAAAAUGGGGCUCUAACUACUUCCAGAAUAGAAGGUGUAUCAUUACAACGAAAAUCAGCAAAAUCUAGUAGGAGUAGCAGUUCAUGUUCAAAACGGCCACGGAUGUCCCAAUCAGAAGAUAAUACGAGCCCUAAUGGAACUGAAGACUCAAAGGAUAUUUCUGACAAGCAUGGAUCACAUAAUCCGAAGUGUGCUUCUCCAGAGAAAAGUCAUUUACCGAAGCAAAAGAGCAUUAAUAGCAAGCGUGGUGAUAAGAAGAGCUUUAAAGUGCCCUCUGCAAAGGCUAAAUUUGAGUCAUCGUCUAUGAAAGCAGGCACAUCAGUCUUCAGUUCUGCUGGAGGAGCGAACAACUUUUUUGGUUUAUAUGGUCUGAAACAUGAUUUUCAUGAUGUCACAAAGCUCGUGGAUGAGCCCCCGUUAGAAGAACUCCUUAAGGGCACUUUUGACUGCCCCACUAUAAGCAAAGAUAAAGGGAAGAAAACAUCAAACAAUGGAAGUUUUUUGAGUUCAGUUAGAAAGGCUUGUUGUAUCCUUCAGUUCCCAAAACCUGUUCAGUCUCAAAAUAUGGAGGUGGACUACUCUCCCAACAAGAAAAUGUCCACUUUCCAAUUUAGUUCAGUUUGUGCAGUAGAAAGUGCUGUUAAUGUGGAUAAAGAGAAGUCUUGCGCAACAGAUACGUCUUCAUGUCAGAAGGAUCUCUGUAGCAAAACAGAAUGUACAGCUAGUCCGCUUGACUUUCCAUUUUGUCAACCUAAGGAUGUAUUAGAACGGAUUGCACUACAUCCAUUCCGAGAUUUUGAGUCUUUGCUGAUUGAUGUCUCCAAACCUGCGAUUAGCACAAAGAAUAGUAAUGAUCUACGUUCGGGCAAGCAGGUAUCUCGUCGACCAAGCUUGCCAGCCUUCCCAUGGUCACAUGCUUUUGGUGGCCAUUGUAGAACUAAUUCUGACACAGCUAAGUUAUCAACCAGUAGAAGUACAUGUCAAGGUAAAUGGGCAAGGAUAGGUGUCAUUGCUAGCUCUACGGAUAUUGAUCGCAGUUCGUUCACGAACUUUGAUUCAUUCAGUUAUGAUCAGAGCCUUGUCCCUUCAUCUGGAAAUUCAGACAACAAAGUUUUUCAAUCUUUGUUUGCUAAUCUUCCUUUUCGUCGGUUGGAUUCGUCGUCUCCCAUAACUUGUUCUAAAGAUUUUCAGGUUGAUACAGCAGAUGAACGUUGCCCAACAGUAUUAGCUGCUGCACAAACUCUCUGUGAAAUUAAAACUCACCCAAUUAGGCAGAGCUCAGAUGGAAUUUUGAGAUGGCAAAGGAAAACUUCGCAUAAGGCCAUGAAAGCUUGCUAUUUUAACUCCAACGAGAAACUUGAAGACGUCCCUUCAACGGCAGUUUCAGUGGUUCGAUCUGACAAGGUGGCCAGGAGAGUGGAGCAGAUAAUGCCAUCAAAGAAGCCAAAGCUUUCGACCAUCGAUAAUAAGAAUAGCAGUCACUCCAAUAAUGUGAAGAAAGGAGCCUGUCCAUGGCCAACUUCAAAAUCAGGUAGAUCAUUACCCAGUAAACUAGUUAGGGACUCAAAUGUAGAAAACAAACGGACAAAUUCGAGCAUCGUAAAGCAACAUUGUAUGAUGAUGCCCCCACCUCCAAGGGAUUUGGAUAAGGCUUAUGAUGGUGGUCAACAUCAAGUUGGAAAAUUAGUAUUGAUGGAUUGGAAAAGGGGAAGGGACAAGUCAGAUUGAUCAAUCCUUAUUGACUGUAGACUCAUCAGCAACUAGGAGCUGUUGUGUGAUUAGCAAAUGUUUAGGUUAUUGAAAGGCUGCUUGUUGUAUAUAUUUAUUAUGCUGUGACUGCAAGCCUGCAAUGAAUUUGUUGCUAGGGUCAUGUCCAAGGGCAAACAUGAUUCAGAUGUUGUAACAUUAAACACAGUUGUAUAAAACAGCAUAAUUCAUUGCUUACUGGGGAGGAACAUGUAUUGAGACGAGGAUAUCUCCUUUUUGUCCGAUUGUAUGGGUGCGUGCGUGCGUGUGUAGAAUUGCGUUACAAUGACAGAAUACCUUUUUUCGUGCAAUGUAUACCCCUUAGCAAUGACUGGGGUAUUUGUGCGUUACAUAGGGAACUAUGAACAGUUUUAAUUGCA